AUGAAAUCGGCUUAUCGAAAAUUGAUUGCUCUUAGCCAAAUUCUUCAACGUGUAUCUGAUGAUACAAUAGAUGAUGAAACUCCAAUGGUUACUCAUAUGGCUGAAGCUAAGGCAGCGAUAAAAAGUAAUGAAGAAGAAUUACAGCGGUUUAUUAUUCGUGAAACAUUUCAAUUGUUGGUUUCGGUCGAUCGUGUUGCAAAAUAA